GUGUUAAAGCACGGAAGGACAAGACUCGGCUGACAGCCAGUGUAAAGAGAUUUGUGAAGAAGCUCGAGGAUGUUUCAGAUGGUGAAGCUCAGGACAUCUUGGAAGAGAAGAGCUAUGUUGCUGCUCUUGGAAUAUGUGUCCAAGACCCAAGUGGAAAUAAUGCAAGUGUAAGUGGUGGUGAAGUUUUCUCAUUCCAGACUCCCAAACGCCACAGCAAAAUGUCAGAGCUGGCCUCUGAAUUAGCCCAGACACCAGUACAGAGUGUUGCAUCUGAUCGCUCUGAGUGCCCUGAGAAGACAGCCAAAACACCUCAAAGCACCAGAAGUUCAAGUUCAAAAAAAGUGCAGCUGAAUAAUGAAGAGGAAGGAACUGUGUCUACCACACCUUACAGACUCAGAAAGAGGAUAGCAGCUCCAGAUCUCUAUUUAGAAAGUGAGAGUGAAUAUUCUGCAUCCUGCUCAGAGGAGGAGGAGGAGGAUGAAGAUCAGAAGGAAGUCAGCAGUGUUUUAUCCAGUCGAAAGACACCAGCAAAAACUAAGGGUACAUCUAUACCUCCUCCCAGAAACACCCUAGCCAAAAAAAAUCGGGAGGAGAAGAUGAGCAACGUGGUGGAGGAAUACUUUGAAGCUCACAGUAGUUCCAAAGUGCUCACUUCAGACCGAACGCUGCAGAAGUUGCGGAAAAAAAGAUUGGAUCAGCAAACACUGCAUGACCUUUUGAAGAAAGCUCCCUUUCCAUAUGCUGCUGAAAUACAAGAGCUAAGCCAGCAACAUGAAUCCCUGUUUUCCAAGUGGGUGCUGCAGUUGCACUUGGGCUUCAAUAUUGUGCUUUAUGGACUGGGCUCAAAGCGUGACUUGUUAGAGAAGUUUCGUACCUCUGUGCUCCAGGAUUCUGUUCACCUGGUGGUUAACGGAUACUUCCCCAGCAUCACCGUGAGAUCUAUUCUCAACUCCAUCACAGAGGAGGUACUGAACCAUAUAGGGACCUUCCGCAGCCCACUUGACCAACUUGAAUUCAUCAUUAAAAGCUUUAAAGAAGAUUCAUCUUUAGAGCUCUACAUCCUCAUUCAUAACCUGGACAGCCAGAUGUUGAGGGGAGAAAGAAGUCAGCAGAUCCUUGCACAGUUAUCUUCUCUGCCCAAAAUUUACCUCAUUGCUUCUAUUGAUCACAUCAAUGCUCCUCUCAUGUGGGAUCAGGCAAAGCUAAGCCUUUACAGCUGGCUCUGGUAUGAAACAACCACGUUCAGUCCUUACGUGGAGGAAACGUCGUACGAGAACUCCUUUUUGGUGCAGCAGUCUGGGUCUUUGGCUCUGAGCUCCCUCACGCAUGUCCUGCGCAGCCUCACUCUCAAUGCCAGAGGAAUAUUCAGGCUGCUUGCUCAAUACCAACUAGAGAACAAGGACAACCCGUCUUAUUCAGGGCUGUCUUUCCAAGACUUCUACCAGCAGUGUCGGGAGGCUUUCCUUGUGAACAGUGACCUGACCCUCAGGGCACAGCUCACAGAGUUCAGGGACCACAAGCUCAUCCGGACCAAGCGGGGAGCUGAUGGUGUGGAAUACUUAUUAAUUCCUGUAGAUGACAGCACCUUGACUGACUUCUUAGAGAAAGAAGAUGAAGAUGUAUGAUGUCUCUGUU